GUUUUUGUUUAAAUCUAGGUUAUGUUUGUUUUGUUUUAUUUUUGUGUUCCUAAUUAUCUUUUUCCCUUAUGUUAUUCAGCAUUUAAGUUGAUUUAUUUAAUUUAUCAAAAAAAAAUGGAACUAAAUAACGAUAAAAUAACAAUAAAUGAUGAAAUUAGUAAUAGCGAAACGCAGGCCCCCAAAAAAAGUGAUUUUGAUACCUCAAAAUCUUCAACUAGUGAAUCUUUCAUACCAGAUCAGAAUGCUGUAUGUAAUUCAUUCGAUACAACUUUAACAAUAUCAAAUCGUUCAGCAAAACAAGACCUAUCUUCAGCAAUCCAACAGUCAAAUGAAGAAAAAGUCAGCAAUUGUAUUCCAACUGCACUAUUAGAUGAUAGUGAUAUUGAAGAUGAAAUUAACAAUAGAAAACAGGAGCAAGGUAAAGCUAAAAAACAUAUAGCUUCUUUAUUAUCAAGUGAUAUUGAAGAAAGUGAAAUUGAAGCUAUUAAUGAAGAGUCUAAUACAAAUCAUGAAAUAACUUCAUUUUCUGCUGAUUUGGAUCCUAAAAUCUUAAUUAUUGCUGAAAACAAUGACACAAAAGAAUCCAAUAAUGAAAAUCUUAUACAGCCACCUAAAACCCACAAAAGAAUUACAAUUUUUGAUAGUGACAGUGACUCUGAUCAUUUGGAACACAGUAAUGAUAAAAACAAUGACAAAGAGAAAUCUCAUGAUGAAAAUAGCACACCAAUAUCUAAAAACCACAAAAGAGCUACAAUUUUCGAUAGUGACAGUGAUUCUAAUGAUAUGGAGCAUGAUAAAGACUUGAUUAAUGAUGAAAAUCCCAAAGAACCAUCUAAAAACCACAAAAGAGUUACAAUUUUUGAUAGUGACAGUGAUUCUGAUCAUAUGGAUAACAAUAAAAGCCCAACUAAUGCUGUAGUUACAACACCAGGUCUUAUACUAGAAACUCUACAAAAAUCCAGACUUGCAAUGCUGUGCGAUUCUGAUAGCGAAGAGGAACCUGAAAAUCACAACUCCAGUAACGAAAUUAUAGAACAAACACAACCGGAAAUCAAGCCAAAAGCCCAGAAGAAGAGCAAACCAACAAAAUCCAAAUUCAAAGAGCUAGGAGAAGUAGCUAAGGUGACCAAUACAAUUGAAGCAGCCAAACAACGCACAGAAAUCCAAUCAGAAUCACAAAGAAUGCUUAGAGAACGCAACAUGUCUUUGCCCUACCACAAACCCAAAGCUCAUAGUCUGAAGGACUUUUUAGCCAGACGUCCAAAACUCGGCCAGCCUUUAGCCAAUAGAGCUCCUCCUUCUGUAGCCAUCAAAAUGACCACUGAACAACUAGAAGUGAUUUCGAAGCAAAUGCAAGAGCGUGAAAAACAACUCAAGGAGUUUUAUAAGUCUGAAAGCGAAUCUGAUGGGGAAUUGAAUGGGAGCGAUGGUGAAUAUGUACCACCAACUGAUGAAGAAGAAAAAAUUGAAUCUAGUGAAAGCCCUAAAAAUUCUUCUAAUUUGGUGCUUAUUGAUGGAAUACCUGUAAAUUCUUCUUCUAGUGAAAGCACUAAUGUCUCAUCUAAUUUAGUUUUAAUUAAUGGAGCACCUGUAAAUGCUUCUUCUAGUGGAAGCACUAAUGAUGAAACACCUGUAAAUGCUUCUUCUAGUGGAAGCACUAAGGCUUCUUCUAAUUUGGUUGUUAUUAACGGUUCACCUGCAAUUGCUUCUUCAACUGAUGAUUCUGAAGAAGUAGUGGCCACUAAAAACAAUAAGACUUCUUCAAGUGAUGAUAUUGAAAAACUAGAGAAUUCUUCUGAGUUAAUACUUGACAAUGAAACACCUGCCCCUUUGAGUGAGGAAUUCAAAAAAACUCCAGAAGAAAAUUCCCAAGAUGAAAUUUCUACUGAAACUGUUUCAAUACACACACAGGAAAUUGCUGAGUCAAUUCAAAUUGAUGAAACACCUUUAAUUAACAACUCAACUGGGGUUGUUGAAGAAACUCCUAUUCCAACUGAUACAGAAAAAGCUGUCACUGAGAAGCAACCAUUAGUUCCAGAACCUGAUUCAGAAAUAAUUGAUGAGACUCAGAAUGCAAAAUUUAUAUAUACUGACCUGGACAGAGAAAUUGAAAAUUAUGGAAACAUUGAAAAAGAACCACCUGUAGAAACAUACAAAUCAAAGCUACAACUUCUAAAGGAAAAAUUGGCUAAUGACAGACCCAGAUUGAGUGGGGGUCCCAAUGAAGUAAUCGAUCUUGAUUUGAAUGUAUCAAAGCCUCAAGAAGUUGUACAAUUGAUGGAAAGAUUUGCUAAGCACGCUGCUGCUAAGAGGCAGCAUCAUCAUAAAGUUAAAUUAAAUAUUGUACGUGUUGAAACUGGAGGCGAUAUUCACCAAGAAGAACUAUCAAUGAACGUGCACAGUGACGAAGAGGACGUAAUGGAAGAAAAACCAGGAGUGAAGUUUAAAAAGCUGAAACAAGAGUUACAAAAACAAAUGGAGCAGAAAAAAGCGGAAAUUUGGCAACAAAAAGCUUCUAAAGGAAUAAGAGGCGGCCUGGAAAAUGCUGAUGAAGAAGAAGAAACUGAAAAAGACAUUUUGGACUUUGACGAGGAAGAAGAAGCAAUAAUGACCGAUGAAGAAGAAGAAGAGGAUGAUGAACUAAUUGAAGACGACAUUGACCUGACAGACAAACCAACAAAAAAAUCAGCAUUUUUAGAUGAAGAAGCUGAAGAGGAUGAAGCCUCAGUUAAAGAGGGAUAUGAAGACAAUAUUGAGGAUGAAGAAAACGAAAAUGACGAAGACAAUGAUGAUGAUGAUGAUACACCUUCAGAAAUCGAAGAACCGAAAAAACCCUUAAAACGUAUAAUUAAACCAGCUGACGAUUCAGACGAUGACGAUUUGUUCAACGAAUCAAUUGCACCAAAGUCCCCUUCACAACUAGAUGCGACAAUAACCGCUGACGAAGAUGAAAUUCCGCCCCAUCAACCCCAGCGUCAAUUCCAAACCCCCAUGAGACCGGACCCCAGCCAAGCAAAAUCCAUUGCAGAUUUUCUGACCCCCAUAUCUUUCAUUACAAGCAUACAGAAUUUGAAUUCGGCUCCUAAAAAUACAACACCGUUUCGGAUGCCUUCUGACUUGCAAACACCUGACAAAGAACAGAAAAUGUGUCAAAAGAAACUAUUUGGUUUUGAUUCGCUAGAAUCGCAAACUGAAGAGUCUUUUGCAGAAUUAAUGGAAGAGCCAACUGUUUCUAUAGAAGAUAGUCCAGAUAUACCUCCAAGUACGCAGGAGAUGGCUAGUGUUUGUUCUGGAGCGUUUAGUGGUCUACAAAUGGAAUCUACUCAAUUUGUAGCCCAAAGUAGUAGUGACUUGACAAGUUUAGGUGAAGAAAACAAUAUUAUAUCUCAAUUAUUAGACGAAGAAGAAUUUGAAAUUGAUUCCUCCUCUGCAGUUGAUGUUUCACAAAUAGUUGAAACUGAACUACUUUCUGGAGGCAGGAUUAUUGAUUCUGAUGAAGAAGGUGAAGAAUUGCAACAAAUAAAAAAGAAAAAUUGCAAGCCUUUGCAAUUUUCUGAUGAUGAAAGUUCAGAGGAAGAAGUUGAAGAGGAAGAGGAGGAAAUUGAUUUGCAAGACAAUGAAGGAUUAGAUGAAGAUAUUGCAUACGAUUCUGAGGAAAAUGAAAUCGAUUUGAAUGACAGACCAGAAAAAAUUAAAAUAGCUGAUUUUGUUGACGCCGAAGCAGAGCUGUCUGAAUCAGAAUGGGGCAGCGAAGACGAAGACGAAAAAGGUCUUGACAAAUUGGAAUUUGAAUUAGGAGAUACUGAAAAAUUUGACGAUGAAAAAGUGAAAUCGGAUUUGGAAAAGAUUCAUAUGAGACGUAUGCUGGACGAUGAUACACGUGAAGUUAAGCUUCUUCAAGAGCUUCUUUUGGAAGAUGGAGAAAUGCAUGGAACUGGCAGACAGAGGCAAUUCAAAUGGAGAAAUGUUGAUUUGACUGAUGAUCAAGAUGAAGGCAAAAAGGACGAUGACGAUGUGUAUUUGGAUGAUGAAGUAAGUGAAGAGCAAUGGAGGAAAAACAGGCAUGAAAGGGAGAUGUUGCUUCAAAAGCUACAAGAAAAGAGUCAAAGUUUGAUUGAAGACGAUUCAAGUGGCAGUCAGUUGCUUGAAUUGGGUAGAAAAUUCUUGGAGAAAAGUGAAGAUUCUCAAAAUAAUACUCCAAACGAAAAGGAAAAGCCUUCUAGCCCUUUCAAGCUUACACCUUUCAAUCUACAGAGUAAACGUGGUUCGUUCCUGAACAGAAGUGAUCAAGUGCUGAAAAGAGUAGCUGAAUAUACAAAAAUUGCUAUUGCAAGCGAUUCGAAAAAGACCACCAAACACUUUUUGUUCCAAAGUACUUCUGCAAUUGAAAGUUCCAUUGAGCAAAAUAAAAAAAGGAAGGCAAAUGAAGGAACUCCAAACGUUUUGAAGAAGUUAAGACUGAGCACAAACUUUAGUCCGGCAAUGAAGAAAAAGAUGGACAAAUCAGAAAGGUCCAGGAAAUUGUUUAAUUUUUAGUAUUAUGUAUUUAAUAAUUGUUUUUUUAUUUAAAUUAUAUUUAGCAGAAAAACAUGUGUGUUGUUCUCAGCGAAUAAAAGACUUGAUUUUUUUUUUGAAACUAAUUUUAUUUCAAAUAUACACUACCAAAAACGGAUCAGUGUUUUAGGAAAUUGAACAAAUUUUAAUGACAUUGGAAGGCAGUGUCUUUGAUUUAAUUUAUUUUCUAAUUAAAAUUAAAACUCGAUUCAAAUAAAAAUUCGAUACAACAAAAAUCCAAAUAAAAAUUUGUAUGUAGCCUCCUAAAUCCAAACAAUUUCAUUCAUUGAAGAGUGGAUAUUAUACCAGUAUGUAUCUACAUCUAGCAAAUAUUAAAAAAAACUGGAUUCAUUAUUGUUCAGAUUAAGGAAGCUGCACCAUCAUAAUCAAAUGAGAAAAAUGAUUAAUAUAGCCCUCUAAUCACUAAAAUGUCCUUCCACAGGUUUUGUAAUCCUGGAAAGUUUUAUUCUAUACAAUGUUGUGUAAAAAAUGUAAUCAAUUAAACUACUUAAAAUAGCAGGUACUAGCACAUUAGACUUAAUAAAGAAUUGGCAUAUGCCAUGGGUUUAACAUUUGGGUGCGGCUGAAUAAAAAAAAAAAAAAAUUCAGUAUAAAUAUAUAAUUAAGACAAAACUUGACUUACCACAGCUUCAUAUGUAGUAUACUUAGGAAUCAUAUCUUGACCCUUAAGUGUAAUAAAAGCACCUUUAUUUCCCAUGGUAUCACAAUAGUUCGGUGCCGAAAACACAGUAAUACAUUUCCCAUCAUGUGCAACUUCAUAUCCGUCAUUUUUAACUUCAUGACUCCUUAUAACAUAAUCUAAUUUAUUCAAAUCUAAAAAUGUCUUGGUCACAUCCGGUCCGAAUUGACAUCCGACGCCUCUUUUACUCGGGGCACGGCCGUCUUGUGGCUGGGGAUCGGACCAGAGCAGCUCGCACAUUGGCCCGUCUUCAGGCGGUUGCCUGUUCCUGUCAAUUUUACGGAUUUCGUCGAGGGUAACGUCGUCGCGAGAAAAUAAGCCUCCGUGCAUUACUAGCACGCGUUUAUUUAAACAAUGAGCCAAGGGUAACCAAUUGUAAACUUCGGUGAACAAAUCGGCCAUUUGAGCAGUGUAUUUUGAUUUUACUUCGCCAUCGAAUCCGUACAUUUGAUUCAUGGUCGCACUUUCAUGAUUUC